AUGGGGUCCCUCUUUCUCCCCUUUGGUGCGCUCUCUGACCGUUUCCUCUGCAUGGGGAUGACUCCAUACCCAGGAGCUCCUGGACUAGUGUCUUUGUGGCCGUCCAGUGGUUGUCCCCCGCCCGUGGCCGGGCUCCGGUUGCAGGACAACGGCCUAACAAGGCCUAACAAGCAGCUCGCUUUCGGAAGCGAGCAUUUCUCUUUUUUUUUUUUUUGCUUUUCAACAGACACUUUUGAGCCCAUAUGUGUUAAGUGCCUUGUCCUAGGUCAAGUGAGAGACAGAAGGUGGUUGGUUCUAGCUAUUGCCAUGGUACGUUUUUAUAUGGAAAAAGGAACACACAAAGGUUUAUAUAAAAGUGUUCAGAAGACGCUUAAAUUUUUCCAGACAUUUGCCUUACUUGAGAUAGUCCACUGUUUAAUUGGAAUUGUACCUACUUCUGUGAUAGUGGCUGGGGUCCAAGUGAGUUCAAGAAUCUUUAUGGUGUGGCUCGUUACUCACAGUAUAAAACCAAUCCAGAAUGAGGAGAGUGUGGUGCUCUUUCUGGUCUCGUGGACUGUGACAGAGAUAACUCGCUAUUCCUUCUACACAUUCAGUCUUCUCGACCACUUGCCGUACUUCAUUAAGUGGGCCAGAUAUAAUUUUUUUAUCAUCUUAUAUCCUGUCGGAGUUGCUGGUGAACUUCUUACAAUAUACGCUGCCUUACCAUAUGUGAAGAAAACGGGAAUGUUUUCAAUAAGACUUCCUAAUAAAUACAAUAUUUCUUUUGACUACUAUUAUUUUCUUCUUAUAACCAUGGCCUCAUAUAUACCAUUGUUUCCACAACUCUAUUUUCAUAUGUUACGUCAAAGAAGAAAGGUGCUUCACGGAGAGGUGAUUGUAGAAAAGGAUGAUUAAAUGAUCCCUACACACAAGGUGCUUUUUCCAGAAUAACCAGGAUUACUUGAGUCCAAGUUUUAAUGACAAGAAUAAACAACUUCAUGAAA